AUGUCUACCACUAUUCGAUCGGAUCGAUUGUCCAAAUACUUAGCAGCUGUUUUGCGUGGAAACCAAGAUAUUCGAGAUCUCAACCAUUUCAAAAAAUUUAUAGACGCCAUACUAGACACAAACGAUCCUUGCGUGACCGUGGAGCAGCUGGUUAGCAAUCAAAAUGCCUUGAGUGGUCUGCAGCAUGGCUUGAGGUUCAACCUCACACCGGCCUUUAUCAAUAACUAUACGUCCAAGUUCCUUGGCUUUUUGCGCAAGCCUGAAAUCAAGCUUCUAUGCAAUGGCUUAUUCCUAGAGCAGAUUCUUCUCAUUAUAUUGGAACCACGGACACUCUGGAGUUCACUUCUCGAUGCCUUUUGUACACGGAAGCUGGAUGAUGAUUCAACCCAGGUCUUCUGCUGGCUGACUACCGAAGCUCUAUCGUUGCCAGCUUCAUCUGGGAUAGAUAUCAUGACUGAUGCCCAGACUAUGCUGAGUGAUGGGUAUGUUCUUUCGUCCUCAUCAGCCUCGCUACGCAAUCUGGGACAUAAGAUCAAGUAUCUUUUGGACAUGAAAUCUUCAGCAUCCACUCUCGUCACAUCCGAAGCGACAGCCGGGGGUCGCCACGAUAAUGAUUUCGCCGAUUUCCGUCUAAUGGCGAUUCUUCCCACAACCGAUGAGUUAAGUUGUGCGGAGAAGCCUUUCUAUCGACGCGUGGAGGAGGUUACACAGCUCUCCGGAGUGCAACGCAUUGCGGCGCAUGCGGACAACCAGUUCCGGCUACUACGCGAAGAUAUGCUGUUAGCGCUGCGGGAAGACAUUCAUGCCGCAACAAGCACAAAGAGAAAACGACGAGCGGCGCUACGAUUGGGCGGGCUGUCAGUGGCUCACAUCUCCUGCAUUUCCGCCGGUCAGAAAUACCUCCGCUCCUGCACUAUUGAUAUCACUGCAAAAUCAGGCCUGGAGAAGUUGAACGGUCUCACCCGAGUGGAAGCCAAAGAAUUCCUCAAGAGUACUCCGCAGUUUGUCAAACACCGCGCCUUCGGAUGCUUGAGACGGGCCACGGAAAUUGUGGCGUUUGCCACAAUUGAGCGAAGCAUCGAUGAUUUGAUGGCCAUGCCACCCGUCGUCAAGCUACGUGUUGCAGGCAGGGAGGCGAUGAGGAAAGCUCUGCUCUCACUAAAACUCCACGACGACCUCGAGUUCCUGGUCGUUGACACGGCGACUUUUGCUUACGAGCCAAUUCUGGAAUGUCUGCAGAAGAGAGUCGAGUUUCCUUUCCCUGAAGAGCUUUUUCUUUACGAAAGAGAUCAGCCCAUCAGGAAUUCCGUCUUGGCGCCUUGGGAUGUGAUCAAUGCGUUGCGUGAGAACGACCGUCCCAAUAUUCAAGCCACUCUGAGAACAGCCAAGAAAGUGACACUAGACCCAUCUCAACGCGAUUCCCUAUUAGCAGGACUGACACAGAGGGUCAGUUUGAUUCAAGGGCCUCCAGGUACCGGGAAGUCGUUUAUAGGGGCACUUCUGGCCAAAGCCCUACGUGAUUAUACCGAUGACAAGAUAUUAGUGAUGUGCUACACAAACCACGCUUUGGACCAGUUUUUGGAAGAUUUGCUGGAUAUAGGCAUUAAAGCUUCCGACAUUAUCCGAUUGGGAUCCAAGUCAACGCCAAGAACGAAGCCCCUGAGCCUCAAAGAGCAAAAGCUCACCAAACGAAGGCCCCAAUCGGCCUGGAAUACGAUAAAUGCACUCAAUAGUCAGGGCCAGGACCAGCGAGAGAUCAUCGAGAGUUCAUUCGCAGCGUACCAGAAGCUUUCCGCAGAUUCUUUGGCGGUUCUAGACUACUUGGAGUUCGCAGACUCCGACUACUUUGAAGCCUUCACUGUGCCCGAAAAUGAAGACGGAAUGAGCGUCGUAGACAAACACGGGAAAGCGAUGAAGAAGAACUACCUUUACGAGCGAUGGGCCAGAGGCCAGUCACCGGACCCUUUGACUGAGCUCCUAUCAGCUCAAAGCCUCAAAAUAUGGGCGUUGGAGCCGAAACUCCGAGACGAGAAAAUACAGGCGUGGAAGCGGGCUCUGCUGAACGAACAUGCUGCGUCUCUCGCAGUCCAAAUAGAUUUACUUGACGAUUGUCAGGCAAAGCUAUCUGCAAUCUUAAAGGAGGGAACCCGCGAGAUCCUAAAAAGUAAAAGGAUCAUUGGAUGCACCACAACGGCUGCAGCAAUGUAUGCUGAAGAUUUUAAGCAUAUAUCACCCGGCAUCGUGCUCCUGGAGGAAGCAGGAGAGAUUCUGGAGUCUCAUGUUCUUACUGCAUUAUCUCCAGAUGCGAAACAUUUGAUACUGAUUGGCGAUCACUUGCAACUCCGGCCAAAGAUCAAUAGCUAUGAUCUGAGCAAGGAGAAAGGAGAUGGAUAUGACCUGAACGUGUCUCUAUUUGAGAGGUUAAUUCAUGCUGGAUAUCCACAUAUUACCUUGCAGAAGCAGCAUCGAAUGUGUCCCGAGAUCUCCGAUCUUGUACGCUCUCUUACUUACCCUCUGUUGGAAGACGAUGAGAAAACAAAAACUCGUCCCGAGCCUCGAGGGCUAUCCGACCGGGUGAUCUUCUUCAACCACCAACAUCCGGAAUACAAUUUUGCGAAUGUCUCAGAUAAACAAGAUGAAGGAGCUAAACAGUCUAAACAGAAUGUCUUUGAAGCGGAGAUCGUGUUGGCAAUUGUGAAAUACUUGGGUCAACAAGGAUAUGGAACAGAUAGGCUCGUUGUCCUUACGCCAUAUCUGGGUCAGCUCUCGCUCUUGCGUGAGACUUUGAGCAAGCAGAAUGAUCCAGUCCUGAAUGACCUUGACUCCCAUGAUCUUGUUGAAGCUGGACUCUUGUCACAGGCGAGCGCCAAUUAUUCCAAGCGACCAAUCAAGCUCUCUACCAUCGACAACUACCAAGGCGAGGAAAGCGAGGUUGUGAUAGCUUCACUCACACGAAGUAACCGAAACGGGGAUGUAGGAUUUAUGGCUGCUCCCGAACGACUUAACGUGCUGCUCUCCCGUGCCCGGAAUAUACUUAUCAUGGUGGGAAACCUAGAGACAUUUGCCUCCAGCCGCAGAGGACAAACGUGCUGGACGUCCCUCUUUGAUCGACUAAAGACCAAUGGACAUAUCUAUGACGGACUGCCGGUCAAAUGUGAACAGCACUCUAACACGACCGCAGUACUUCGCACAAAGGAUGACUUUGAGCGGGAAUCGCCGGAUGGUGGAUGCUCAGCCCCUUGUGGCAUCAAACUCAGCUGCGGAAUACAUGAAUGCCCGUCCAGAUGCCAUAAGCUCGAAGACCACUCGAAGAAGGUGUGCAAGAAGAUAACCAAAAGAAACUGUCCCCGUGGGCAUACACUAGCAAUGCCAUGCUCGAUACGUCAAAUCUCAUGUCGUUCGUGUACCCAGGAAGACAUGAUACAGAAACGCAAGCAUGACCGAGAUGUGAGACUUGAGGCAGAGCGACAAAAAAGUCAAGCUUUAUACGCCGAAGAACUUGCCGAACUACAGAGUGAAGCCUCAUAUUUGAGACGCCUUAAAAGUGAGAAAUUGAUAGAGACAGAGCGAGCGAGAGUCCUUGAACAGCAUCGCGAAGAAAUUAAGGAGCUGCAAAAGCCCCCGUGCCAAGCCGAGAGCACAGGCAGCACCCCAAGGGCUCAGGAACCAGUCUUGGGCGCGGUUGGCCCGCAGCCAAGGUCACCAGAACCCCUAGAAAUAAGGAAUGGAGAAAGCCAAUCCACCCCUUCCGGUAAAGAACCCAAGCUAAAACCCGACAGUCAGAAAGGUUCGCUCAAGAAGCCUUUCUCGAGAGCAAAGGCCGAAUGGGAAUACCAGAAAUCCUACUACAACUCCCAAAGCCCGGAGAUCGACACGUUGAUGGAUAUGGUAGGUUUGGAGGCAGUGAAAUCGAAAUUCCUGACGAUCAAAGGCAAGGUUGAUAUCGCUGUCAGGCAAAAUGUCGACCUGAGCAACGAGAGAUUUGGUAGCAUCCUUCUUGGGAAUCCUGGAACUGGCAAGACGACAGUUGCCCGACUUUACGCAAAGUUUCUGGCGGCUGUGGGGAUCAUACCCGGGCAUAAGGUGAUCGAGACAACAGGGUCGAGACUCUCAAACCAAGGCGUCCCCCAGUGUGAGAAGAUGAUUGAGCAGCUCCUCAAGGAUGGCGGAGGGGUUGUUUUGAUUGAUGAAGCCUAUCAGAUGGUACAGGACAACAGUUUUUCCGGCAGUCAGGUACUUGACUUCCUUUUAGCCGAGGUCGAAAAUCUCACUGGCAAGGUUGUGUUCGUUUUAGCUGGAUAUCAACGCUCGAUGGAGAAAUUCCUUGCCCACAACCCUGGACUCCCAAGCCGAUUCCCCCAUGAGCUUAAGUUCGAGGAUUUCGACGAAGCAGAACUACUCAUGAUUGUUGGAUCCUGCAUUGAGCAGACAUGGAAAAAGCAGAUGGAAGUCGAUGGUGGGCUGGAUGGACUCUACUGCCGUAUUGUGGCACGGCGAAUUGCACGUGGACGAUGUCGCGACGGAUUCGCUAACGCGAGGGCCGUUGAGAAUGCCAUGGCCAAGGUCACGGAGCGACAAACUCAGCGACUGAUGAGUCAAAAGCGGCAAGGAGGCUCGCCUGUAAACGAACUCUUCCUUGACAAAGAGGAUUUGAUCGGCCCAGAACCUUCUCACCGUCUCAAAUCAUCGAAAGCAUGGCAAAAGCUGCAAAGCAUGAUCGGGCUGGCUGAGGUCAAAAAGACUGUUGAAAGCCUAAUCGACACCAUCCAAUACAACUACCGUCGCGAGUUGGAUGAGCUUGCCGUGGUUGACUACAGCCUCAAUAAGGUCUUCCUCGGUAAUCCUGGAACUGGGAAAACCUCGAUUGCAAAGAUAUAUGGUCAGAUUCUUGUGGAUAUAGGACUUUUAUCAAACGGGGAAGUCGUUGUGAAAAAUCCAUCCGACUUCAUUGGGGCCGUAAUGGGGGAAUCCGAGAAAAACACAAAAGGCAUCCUCGCAGCUACACUGGGAAAGGUUCUAGUCAUAGACGAAGCAUAUGGUCUCUCUGCCAGCGGUACUUCUGAUGGCGCCGGAGCCAGAUCUGACCCUUAUCGAAGCGCUGUUAUUGAUACCAUAGUAGCUGAUGUCCAGAGCACCCCCGGAGAUAAUCAAUGUGUUCUACUAUUGGGUUAUAAGGACCAGAUGGAGCAGAUGUUUCAGGCUGUGAAUCCGGGUCUGAGUCGGCGGUUUCCGAUUGACCAGGCCUUCGUCUUUGAAGACUUCACCACACAGGAGCUGGGACAAAUUCUUAAUCUGAAACUGACUGAACAAGGGUACGGCAUCACUGACCGGGCUCGCCAGGUAGCUUUUGAGAUGCUGGAGCGGGCUCGGAACCGACCCAACUUUGGGAAUGCUGGAGAGAUCGACAUUCUGCUCAACGCAGCGAAAAUGCGUCAUCAGGGUCGCAUCUCCUCAAUUGGAUUCAAGAGCCAGUCUCUAGAUUGUGUCUUAGAUGCUGUUGAUUUUGAUGGCAACUUCGAUCGCGUGGAGAAAGACGAAUCCAAGGUUAGAAAACUUUUUGAAGGGGUAGUAGGCUGUGAAAGCAUUGUCUCCACACUAGAAGGAUACCAGGAUUUGGUCAAGAAGCUCAGAAAGCUACACAUGGAUCCCCGUGAAGAAGUGCCGUUCAACUUCGUGUUCCGAGGACCACCAGGCACUGGCAAAACAAGCACAGCCAGAAAGAUGGGGCAGGUAUACUACAAUAUAGGUCUCCUGUCCUCGAAUGAGGUUAUAGAAGUGUCUGCUACGGAGCUAGUAGGUCAAUUUGUUGGGCAUACCGGCCCGAAAACACAGAGGAUGCUGGAACGCGGUCUCGGAAAGAUUCUAUUCAUAGACGAAGCAUAUCGUCUUGCUGAGGGUCAAUUCGCCAAAGAAGCUUUGGACGAGCUCGUGGAUUGCAUCACAAAGCCCAGGUUCGCCAAGAAAUUGAUUAUUAUCCUGGCUGGCUAUGAUGCCGAUAUAAACCGCCUCAUGUCCAUCAACCCUGGUCUUACCAGUCGAUUUCCGGACUCUUUUCAGUUCAAAACCCUGUCGCCCAGAGAUUGCGUCCAUUUACUUAAAGGGCUUCUGAAAAGAAAAAAGGAAGCUAUCCGCAGUAGUUCAGGCGCGAUUUUCAACAUAAGCUGCCUUGAUGACUCGGAUCUUGAUUUCGACAAGAGCUUGACCGACGGAUUCAAUGCUUUGUCUCACAUUGCAGAUUGGGCUAAUGCUAGGGAUAUUGAGACAUUGGCGAAAGCGAUUUUCGGAAGAACUAUCAAAACGUCACAUUCGCUCGGUGGCUUGCAGCUCGAACUGAGCAAAGAUGCAGUGACUGAUGAGCUCCAAGGCAUGAUAGAUGAGCGUCGAAGCCGCGAGAACUUUGUGCUAAAUUCUCCUGCUGUUGAACUGAACGAGAACAAACUACAAAUGUGCGCUGAAUCCCUGCAACCCCCAGCCGAGGAACUUCAGAACCUGAGAUUGGAAAUAAAAGCCCACGACCAGGCUGAUAUGCCAGUACAAAAGAGCAGCAAUCAACAGGAUCUUGCCCCGGGACGUGACGCUGGUGUAGCAGAUGAGGUUUGGGAUCAACUGGAAAAGAAUAAGGUAGCUGCUGAACGAAUUGAAAAGGAAUUUCUGAACAUGGUAGAGGAGAUUGAGAGGCAAACAAAAAGGCUGUUGGCUCUGAAGGAAAAGGAGGAUCAGACGGCCCUGGCAGUGGAAGAGGCAAGAAGGCAGAAGAACGAGAAUCUAAGGAUCCACCUUGAGAAAGAACGACUACGAAAUGAGAUUAAACGCAGAAGGCAAGAAGCAAUUGCAAGGGAACUCGAGAUCAAGCGACGAGCACAAGCUGAAACUCGACGCAAGGAGCAGGCUGUCCAAGCGAAGCUGCGAAGCAUGGGAGUAUGUGUCCAAGGCUACCAAUGGGUCAAAACCCUCGGUGGAUAUCGAUGUGCAGGAGGAAGUCACUACGUGUCAAACAGCCAAAUCUAAUGAGAGGGAAAUAGGAGUUUUGCGCACCUGUCUGAUGUUUGUAUGCUGGCCGUCGCUGGAGGCAAUCUGCAGGGAUCACUACAAGGGCGGCAAAAUACAAACCCAGGCACUGGCCAACACAGACCUUGACGAGGCUCCGAAUUUGUCGGGAAAGUAAUAGUUCCACGUUCACAGAUGUAUAUAGAGACUAGAGAUAGCGAAGCCCUG